AUGGAGAUGGAUCAAGGACGACAAGGAGAGCUUAACUCCAUGACGGGCACGAUGAGCUCCGCCUACGACGAAGAUGAGGCUCCGCUGCCAGUACCGGUGCACGCAUCGCGGAGCGGGGUGCUUGAACAGAACACGUACUGCGAGUACCCGGCGGUCGCCAACGGCGCGGACCACCACGGGUUCGCGGUGAUGGUGCACCUCAAGGCGCCAGCGCUGGUGACCGCGGCGCUGCUGGAUCUCGUCGCGGUGCUCGACGUCAGCGAGAGCAUGGCGGGCGCCAAGCUUGCGCAGGUGAAGCGCGCCAUGGCGUUCGUCAUCGACCGCCUUAGCGUCGUCGCCUUCUCAGGCGAUGCCCGGCAGGUCAUCCCGCUGACGCGCAUAACGGACGACACGAAGGCCGCCGCCAAGCUCGCCGUGGAGGCCCUCGAAGCGUGCACGCCGGCGUCGACCAACGUCCGCGCCGGCCUCGACGAGGCGGCCAAGGUGCUCGGCGGCAGACGGCAGUGGAACGACGUCGCCAGCGUGAUCCUUGUCUCGGACGGUCACGACAGCUGCGUCGUGCCGGAGUUUUUUCUGCGCGACAGCGGCUUGUGCUCGUGGCGCGCGCCGGUGCACACGUUCAGGUUGGGCUCGGACCUGGAUGCGGCGGCCAUGUACAACAUCUCGGAGGCUGUGGGCGGCACCUUCUCCUUCAUCGAGGACCACGCCGUCAUCCAGGACGCGUUGGCGCAGUGCAUCGGCGGAUUCCGAUCGGUUACUGCGCAGGAUGUCUUUCUCGAGAUCAGUUGCGCGCAGGAUGACGACGAUCUCAACGUCACGGCGGUCAUGGCCGGCCGCAGCGUGACAAGCAAAUUUCCGGACGAUGAAGGCUCGGUCGACGUCGGUGAGCUCUACGCAGACGAGGAGAGGCGCUUCCUGUGCUUCUUGGACAUCCCGAGACUUGACGACGCCGGGUGCUGA